AUGAGUGACAACGACGAUUACGAGAUACCUGACCGUGAUGGUCCAACAUUUGGCAUCUCGAUAACUCAAGAACAAGUAGAUCAAUUAUUUUCAAAAUACUUGCACAAAACCGUCACAUCAUUCGUAGAAAUUAAUCGUGGCUAUAAUAAUCUGCUUUUUUUCGUGGAUACUGAUGACGAUGAACAUUAUGUUCUAAAAGUUGGUGGUCGCUACUGGAAACAACUGAAAACUGAGACAGAAGUUAUUGCGUUACAGUUAGUUUCAAAGUACACUUCCGUUCCUGUACCAAAUGUUGUUGCAUGGAGUAUUGAUAAGGAUGAAUUUGGCAUUGAAUGGAUAGUGAUGACAAAAAUGAAUGGUGUUCCUGCUGAUACUUUAUGGAAAAAUGACUUGACAACCGAUGAAAAGAAGAGAAUACUAUCUGAAUUAGCUGGGUACGUUGCACAAAUGAAGUUAAUACCAAUAACCAAUAAAAUUGGAAAUUUGAGAUUCAACAAAGAUGGAAAUUAUGAAAUUGGUCCAGAUCUAAGUUGGAAUGGACCAUGGGACACAUUCGAUGAUUUUCUUGAGGGACGUGUGCGAGAUGCCGUAGAUACGCUCACAAAAACGAUAUUCGAUUCGGUACGAGAUGAAAUGUUACAGUUCUUUAAUCAAUUCAAAACGAUAAUUCGUCCAACGUUCGAUGUUCCACUUACAUUCAUUCAUGGUGAUUUGACGUUGCAGAAUAUUCUCAUAUCACCUGAACGACAAAUUACCGCUAUUCUUGAUUGGGAAUGGGCUGGAUCGUUUCCUUGCUCUGAAGAAUAUUUUCAAUCGUAUGAUGACAUUGAAGAUAAAACAUUGAAAAAUUGCUUUUACGAUGAGUUAGAGCGUCAACAUGUUCAAACACCACGAACUAUUGCGAAUUUUGAUUUGAUUCAAAAAUUAAACGAUUUCAAAAAUGAUUUGGCUCCAUGGUACUUGACCGAUUUGAAAGAUCCAAGCGAUCCAAAUAUUAUGAAAAAAUUAAACGAAUGCAAACAGAAUGUGAAAUGUUUACUGACUGAGAUAAAGCAAGGUUGUGAUAAAAAUUUGAAGUAA